ACGUUUGAGUGUUCACGUGAGCAGAUACUUAAAAUUUGUUGUUAGUUAUAAAAUAAAUUGUCCUGCAUUUUAUCAGUUUGUUGUAAAAUUUUAAACUGUAAAUAUGAGUGUUUUUACAAAUUUUUAUUAUUUAGGGUAUUGUACGGCCCUUUUUAUCACACCGGUCGUUUUAUACAUAGUGUUUCGUAGAAGAAAUGAAUACAGGAGAAGAGAUUGGUUUUAUUACAUCAAGUUUCAACAUGCCAAAAAUACUGUUAGAAAAAUGCAGCAAAAAAAUAAAAAAGAAAUCCAAUCCAUAGGAGACGAUCUUGAUUAUAAAAUAUUUAUUCCUUCAGAUCAGCAUACUUCCAGUCAUUUUAUAUACGGGGUGGAUCAAAAGGGAAAUAGCAUAUCUGUUAGAUUUACUUUACAUCUACAGAGGAUUGCGGAAGUCUUCUUAUAUCUUCGCCUGAGCAAUGGAAAAAGAUAUAUUUUACCGGGAAAUGACAAAAUCCAUUUUUUCACCAUACCCAAACUACAAUGGAAAGCAAAUGGGUUAAACAUGGAAAUUUUAGAACCUUUCAGAAGACUCCGACUAACUUUCAAUGGACUCCUCAAAGAAGUAUCCACUGGAAUAGGCACGGUAGAGCAUGUGCAAUUUAAUUUUAUAUGGAAUACUGCCUCAUCGCCGUUAUAUUUCCCUGAAGACGUUAGUGAAGGUCUGAUAGCUGAAGCUCUAGCCACUGAACAUUGGAAGGAUGCCGACUGGAUGAGCUUUCUACCAGACACAAGUGGUUACGAACAGUUUGGGGCGCUACAAGGAUUCGUUAAAACCGAAUAUUCAUCGGAAGAAAUAGUGUUGGUAUUGCCAAGUUAUCGAACUAAAAUUGAAGGGGUUAGAAGUACAGAGUUGAUGAGUAGAGAAGUAAGAAUUUGUCUGGCAUCUGAAGAUGGAACUUGCAUCAAUUUGACGUUGGAAUGUUUGAAUAAUGGUUGCUCACAAUUUGCAUAUGGUUUUGUCAUAAAAAGUUGUGGGAAAACUCUGCCAAUAUCAAAAACAGACAUUCUUUUAAAAAGAUUAGGUGAUAGAGAAAGCUUGCCUGAUAGUUUUACAGCUCACAUAUCAGCUGGUAAAAAGGUGUACAGAGCUGCCUUUCAUCUAAACCUACCAGAAUCCAUUAAAGUCACCAACAACGAUGAAAAUGGUUACGAUUUGUACCAUGUCCCAUGCGAAGUGGAUUUGGACUCUAACCAAGCUAAAGGAAUGGUGGAAUUUUGGUACUCAAAGGAAGGGAAUGAAAAAAUAAUUCCCAAGGAUAUUUUGACGGAAAAAAUUGUUCCAAAAUUGCCCAAUGAUUUGGUUUUGAGUAUAAGAGACCCAAAAUCCCAAAUUUUGGACUUGACUGGUGGAAAAGGAUGUUCAUUGGCUUUGAUGUCAUCUUUGAAGCAAAAUUACUUUAACAUACCUGGUGGUUUCAUAGUAACUACCAAUGCUUUCAAGGAACACCUGGAUGAAAAUUGGAGUAUAAAAAAUAGCGUUUUAAGUCUUGAUGAUAUAUGUUGUGGAAGAAAAAGUGGAAAACUUGAAGAUGCUUGUAAAAAGACUGUGGAUAGUUUUAUAUCUGAAGAAAUAACUGAAAAAAUAGGCCAAUCAAUAAGGGACGAACUGAAAAAGCACAGUUUUGAUGAAAAUGGGCUUCAAAAUGGCAGAUGGGCUGUACGAUCUUCUGCAAUUGGUGAAGAUUCCGAAGAUCUCUCAGCUGCCGGCCAGAACGAAACUUUUUUGGGCUGCAAAGCUGAAAAUGAUGUUUUGGAUGCCAUAAAAAAAUGUUGGGCUUCGCUGUUCACCUAUCAAAGUGUGCAGUAUAGAUGGCAGCAUGGUUUACCCGUACAAACCCAAAUGGCCGUGGUGGUACAAAAAAUGGUUCCGGCUGAAAGCGCUGGUGUCAUGUUUACCUGCCAUCCGACCACUUGUAACCCAUCCCAGAUGGUAAUAACGUCCAAUUUUGGACUUGGGGAGAGUGUGGUGUCAGCCAAAAGUGACCCAGAUACCAUCAUACUGAAAAAAGACCAUGACGGUAUUGUGAGUGUUCUAGAAAAAAAUAUUGGUAGAAAAGAAACCUGCAUCCACAUGAACGAAAAAAAUGGGGUUGAAGAAGUUGGUAUAAAUGGUGAUUCAGAUACAAUGAGCUUGAAGGAAGAACAAUCCAUAAAACUUGGAAAAGUCGGUGUGUAUCUCGAAAAAAAAUUUGCAGGUCCACGUGAUAUAGAAUGGGCAUUUUACAAGGAUCAUCUGUAUCUACUACAAUCCAGACCGGUAACAACUUUAAACUCUUGGACCGAUUUUGAGUUACUACACGAACUCGAUGCUCCUAUAAUGACAGAACAAAACAUCUAUACGUUAGCCAAUGUUGGAGAAGUAUAUCCAGGUGCCACAACUGUUUUGUCCCAAACCACUUCCCAGUAUUUUACAAGCAAGUCUGUACAAAUAGCAAUAGAUGGGACCUAUAACCCCUACACCAAACAAUCCGUAACGUCUUUGCAGCACCGUGUUAUGCUGAACGUUAUAGAUACGUUUUACAAAAUCCCGAAGGAAAAGGACGACGUCUCAAUUAAAGUGAUGGAUUUGGCCAUUUUCGGCCAUCCUGUAGUCAACGAAAAAAUAAAAAAAAUCGCGAUAGCCAGGUACGGAGCUGCAAGUCGCUUAACGUUGCUCAAGGAGUUGUUCAACUUCAUCAAGCAGGCCUGGAACAGCAAGAAAUCGCUGGCAAAGAUGUUGAGAGAAAUGGGGGGGUUGAAAAUAGAGUUCCGCAAGGAUCAAACCUUGAAGGAGAUGCACGACGUCAUUGAUGACGCGAUAGAACGACUUGGUUUUAUUUGUACAAGUCAUUGUGGAACUACCAACGCCUCCAUUUUCUAUCAGAUCAUUGCGAUUAAUUUACUUCUAGAAAACAAUACAGAUAUAUCUUUGGAUCAUUGCAGCGAUUGCGCGUUAAUUUUGUCGUCUUGUCACGAUGUAGUGUCAGCUGAGGUGCCAGCAGUUUUGGAAGAAAUCGCGUUCACAAUUCAAGAAGAAAAAAUGGAUGAAGAGUUUCAGGAGGUGGAUCCAGAAGAUGGGGUCAAAUUUCUGGAAGAAAAAUGUCCGAAAGCCCACAAAAUACUGACAGACUUUUUGGAAAAACACGGCCAUAGAGCUUUAAAAGAAUUCGAGCUUCAAACAGUACCAUGGGGUACAAAACCAUCCACCCUCAUAAAAAUUUUGCAAAUCAGCUGCAAAACGAUGAUAGUCAAAAAAGACAAAAUGGUUAGCACUUCAGUGGGAGACAUUGUCUCACAACUUGUGACGCCAAAAAAACCAUGGACAAAGAUCUUGCUAAAAUUUUUUAUUUCCAAAAUGAGGGUGUCAGUUGGUCUAAGGGAAAAAACGAAAUCUGAAGUUAUCAGAGGGUGUGACAAAAUUAGAGUGGUCUAUAGAAAAUUGGCUGAAAAAAUGGUUAUGGAGGGGAUAAUACCCAACAAAGACCUUAUUUUCCAUUUAACUCAUCAUGAAGUAAGACAACUUAUAGCAAACAGAAAUCCUUCUCUACUAAGCAAGGCCAUGAGAAGGCAGAGGUUGUACCCCAAGUGGGACUCAAUGCGUUUCGAGGAAAUUAUUUACGGUAUUCCGGAAGCGGAAGUCGAAUCAGAGUUUGUAUACGGAGACGGAGACGUUUGCGUUUCGGGAACGCCAGUAUGCGCUGGAGACGUUAAAGCAAGGGCGUGUGUUAUAACCAGUUUGAACGAUAUUGGACAAUUGGAAACUGGCGACAUUCUCAUAACUUUUGCUACAGAUAUCGGAUGGUCCCCUUAUUUCCCCAUGUUAUCAGGUGUCGUAACUGAAUUGGGGGGGCUGGUGUCCCAUGGGGCUGUAGUGGCAAGAGAAUAUGGACUACCCUGUAUAGUUGGUGUUAAACAUGCAACAAAAAUAUUUAAAACUGGCGACAUAGUACAAUUGUCUGGAAAAUACGGAAAAAUUGAAGCAAUAAAAAGCUAAAAACCAAACAUUUUAAAUAUUUUUUAAAACAUUUUAAUUAUAUUUAUAAUUUUAUUGACACCCUGUACAAUAAAAAAAGUCAAUUUCGAGGUUAUAAUCCGGAAACUGACAAGGUUAUUGAGAAAAGUUACAGGAAAAUGUUGCAAUUAAACGAAAAAGUGUCGUAAUUAAACAUUUUUAUUUUAUUGUGCUCUGAAAUGUAUUUUAAACAAAAUAAAUAAUUAAA